AUGUUUGCCUCUGUGGAGCACGGCCCGAUCCUAUGCAGUGACUCCAACAUCCUGUGUCUGUCCUGGAAAGGCCGGGUGCCGAAGAGCGAGAAGGAGAAGCCCGUUUGUAGAAAGCGCUACUAUGAGGAAGGAUGGCUGGCCACUGGGAACGGCCGCGGAGUCGUGGGUGUCACAUUCACAUCAAGCCACUGUAGACGGGACCGGCCCACGCCACAGCGGGUGAACUUCAACCUCCGAGGACAUAACAGUGAGGUGGUGCUGGUGAGGUGGAAUGAGCCCUUUCAGAAGUUGGCCACCUGUGACACAGAUGGAGGCAUCUUUGUUUGGAUUCAGUACGAGGGCCGUUGGUCGGUGGAGCUGGUUAAUGAUCGUGGAGCACAGGUGAGCGAUUUCACGUGGUCUCACGAUGGAACUCAGGCUCUCAUCUCGUACCGGGAUGGCUUUGUGCUGGUGGGCUCAGUGAGUGGGCAGAGACACUGGUCCUCGGAGAUCAACUUGGAAAGCCAGAUCACAUGUGGCAUCUGGACACCCGAUGACCAGCAGGUGUUGUUUGGUACUGCAGACGGGCAGGUAAUCGUGAUGGACUGUCACGGGCGGAUGCUGGCUCAUAUUCUGCUUCAUGAGUCGGAUGGCAUCAUCAGCAUGUCCUGGAACUAUCCCAACUUCCUGGUAGAGGACAGCAGUGAGAGCGACACGGACUCUGAUGACUACUGCCCUCCACAAGUGCACAGUCAAAAGCCUCUCCUCACAGUCAGCUUCAGUUCUGGAGACAUCAGCUUAAUGAACAACUACGACGACCUCUCUCCGACUCUCAUCCGCACUGGUUUGAAAGAUGUGGUGGUCCAAUGGUGCUCACAGGGGGACCUGCUGGCGGUGGCAGGUAUGGAGAGAACCCUCAUGUCUCCUGACUCCUGUGCAGCUGCCCUGAAAAACGCUGUGGUGAGGUUUUACAACGUCCGCGGGGAGCACGUGUUCACACUGGACACACCUGCUCAGCGUCCUAUCACUACAUUAUGCUGGGGACACAAAGACACUCGGCUCUUUCUCGCCUGUGGCCCUGCGCUCUACGUUGUACGAGUGGAACAUCGCGUGGCAAGCCUGCAGCUUUUAUGCCAGCAAGGGAUCGCAUCAGCAGUAAAAGAAGAAAAAGAUUUGGCCAAACUCACCAUGCCCUCUCGCCUCUGUUUGUAUGUCACUAGCGCUUUUGCACCUACCAUUAAGCCUCCCAUCCCAGAUCCUAACAACAUGCGUGAUUUUGUGAGCUACCCGACAUCUGGGAACGAGCGGUUGCACUGUACAAUGAAGCGAACGGAGGAUAAUCCUGAGGUGGGGGGACCCUGCUACACCCUGUACCUUGAAUACCUCGGUGGCCUGGUUCCAAUUCUAAAGGGUCGACGAAUAAGUAAAUUACGGCCAGAGUUUGUCAUCAUGGACCCAAAAAUGGAUGGGAAAACAGAUGAAAUUUAUGGCAACAGUUUGAUAUCGGCAAUGAUUGAUAGCUGCAAUUGUUCUGACUCGAGUGAUGUUGAACUGAAUGAUGACUGGGUUGGAAAAAAAUCUCCCAAAAUCUCCAGGGGUAGUAAAUCACCCAAGUUACCAAGAAUCAACAUAGAUCCUAGAAAAUCGCCAAAACUCUCUCGCACUACCCAGGAAAUCUCUAGGUCUCCACGGUUACCUAUACGAAAACCUUCAAUUGGGUCACCCAGUUUAACACGUAGAGAGUUUCCUCUUGAUGACAUCGUUCAGCAAAACUACCUUGCGCAAGUCACAUCUAAUAUCUGGGGAACUAAAUUCAAACUUGUAGGUUUAGCAGCAUUCUUGCCAACUAAUCUUGGAGCAGUCAUCUACAAAACAAGCCUUCUUCAUUUACAGCCCAGGCAAAUGACCAUUUACCUUCCUGAGGUGCGGAAGAUUUCCAUAGACUAUAUCAAUCUGCCGGUCUUCAGUACCAAUGUCUUCAGUGAGGAUGAGGAUGACCUACCUGUCACAGGCCCCACUGGUGGGGCAGAUGAUAACCCUCCUUGUACUGUGAACAUCCCUAUUGCCCCCAUCCAUAGCCCUGCCCAAGCGAUGUCACCUGCUCAAAACAUUGGUCUUGUCCAGUCACUUCUUGCUAAUCAAAAUGUCCAGUUAGACGUUCUCACCAAUCCAACUGUGAGUCCAGUGGGGGCUGCUGCCGGUGGAACAGACCAAAGUCAGGACAAUAUGCUCACAGCCCAGUAUGCGGUUCCCACCCGAUACUCAAAUCCAGCAGUGGCUUCUCCCUCUACCUCCAACACAGCUUCUGGACCUGGACUCACUGGAACUCAGUCUCCUGGAGAUCUUUGUCUCAAAAAGGGAGAGUUCCAACUAUAUCCUCCAAGCCAGCCCCCUGCUCAGUACCCCACACCCCUCGGCUAUGAGAGAAUCACAACAUUUGAUAGUAGUGGGAAUGUGGAGGAGGUCUGUCGUCCACGGACUCGCCUUGUGUGUAACCAGAGUGUGUACGCAAUGCAGGGACCUGGCAGCUCAGCCACACUCAGGGUUACCUCUUCAUCCUUAUCUUCAUCGGCAGUGGAUAACAAGAAGCUCCAGAUUCCAUACACAUCUGCCACCCUCAACAGACUUACUGCACCUCGAUACUCCAUUCCAAGUGGAGACCCUCCUCCUUAUCCUGACUCCUCCAAUCAGAACAAUGCGGCUGGCCGAACCACUGGAUUAAGGCUAGAUAGCAAUGUAAUUCAUGCCACUCUCAGGCGCAACAGUAGGGAGGCAACGCUUAAGGUUUCCCAGAUGCUGGAACCCCCCAGGCCACUGCCUCCUAAGGCAAAAAACAGUAGUGCACUCGCAGCUUCUGUUCAACAGAGGGUGCCUACAGCCUUAUAUACCUGCAGUCAGUGUAGCAGUGGCUCCAGUGUUGGGGGUUCUGCCUUGGGUAGUGCUAAUGGUAUAGCUGGAGGAACCAUCAUCAGACAGGACUUUCCUCCUGGGACUGGGGCUCCACACAGCACAGUGAUAGUUCACUCAAAUAGUGCUACCACUCUGCCGUCUCAGUCGUCUUACAGCUUAAUGAGUUCUCUUGAAGGGCCGUUGUCUUCUGUAGGAGGAGCACGGACCGACAGAGAUCGGGUGGACUAUGUGAACUCUGCCUUUUCUGAGGAUGAGACAUUGAAUCAGUCUCUAAGACAUUUGUCUUUAGGAGGAAGUGAAGCCCCAGGUCUGGUUGUCAAACGCCCUCCUCCAUAUCAAUGGGACUCCCCUAGCACUGAGGAGGUGUGGGUUCCUCAGGAACGAACAGUGACCCUAAACCCUCCCGGCCCCUCAGGCUCACACAAACCACCACCACUGAUCCUAAGUCCUGGUCAGAAUUUGGAUGUUUCUCGAAUGCCGUUUAUUCUUUCUCCAAAGUCCCCUACUAGCCCUAACGCUGCUUCAUUUCAAGCUGCUGCUGCAGCUGCAGGUUACCAAAUUUCCUUGCAGUAUCCUGCAUCUGCCUACUCAGGCACCCCAAUCCAGUCCUUACCUACAUCCCCGCGGCCCUGCUCCUCUCCAAAAGAGAUGGUAGCUCCAGUACCCUUCUCUCAACAGGAAGCCACACUUGUCUUGCCCCCAGGUUACUCUGCAAACCUAGCCAACCUUGCCUGCUGUCCUCUUCCUCCAUUGUAUCCAGGAGCAGGUUCCAUUCUCCCCCCUAUUGCACUUCACACUCCAUGGGGGACGUACAACCCAUGCCCCCCUAUGACCUCUCCUGCAGUGCCCCUUCCUCCAAAAGCCUCCCACAAUACAGCAGACAAAAUAGCAAUUUCACCACCUCCUCCACCACCACCAGCACCUCCACCUGCACCCACUGAUUUGCCAGAGCCAAUGGCAGACACUGCGGAGGGUUUUCAGGAGGUUUUGUCUUUAACAGAGAGCCCUGUGCCACAGCGCUCUGAGAAAAUUAGUAAAAAGAACCGUAAAAGAGCAGAGGGCAGAGUGGAGGAGGGCAACAUGCCUCUGGCUGAGGGGAGCAAAUCCAAGAAGGAAGGAAGAGCUUUAGGUGAUUUCAACUCUCUCAUUUCAAGCCCAAGACUGGGAGGAAGAGAUAAGAAGAAAUUGAAAGGCCCAAAGGAACAAUUAAAAGCAAAAAAACUGAGUAAAGCCACAGCCAAUAGUGAAUUUCAGGACAGUUCUGAAAGUGAGCCAGAGCUGUUCAUCAGUGGGGAUGAGCUGCUCAACCAGUGCCAAAGUGGUAAGAAAGGUUGGAAAAGUAAACGAAACCUGCGAGCUGCCACAGAACUUGAUGAGAUCAAAUGUAGAAAAGCCAAUGAAAAGGAGGAUCGAGGCUUUGGGAGCCAGGGCUUUGUGUAUGUUAUGGCCAACAAGCAACCACUAUGGAAUGAGGCCACACAGGUUUACCAGCUGGACUUUGGAGGUCGAGUAACGCAGGAGUCGGCUAAAAACUUUCAGAUUGAAUUGGAAGGCAGACAGGUGAUGCAGUUUGGCCGCAUCGAUGGCAAUGCUUACAUCUUGGACUUUCAGUAUCCCUUUUCUGCAGUGCAAGCUUUCGCUGUGGCUUUGGCCAAUGUUACUCAACGCCUCAAAUGA